AUGUUUCAUAGAAGAAAACUUGAUGAUGAAGAGAGUCUUCUUGGUCCAAGACCAUUAAGACCUGAUAUCAGAACCGGCGAUAUUCCAAAAUCGCAGGUUCAGCGUCCGAAAAUUCCCUGGCCUGCAAUAAAGUCAAUUGUCGUAGCAAUCAUUUUAAUUCUUAUCGGUAUUUCUUGCGCUACAAUGUUCUUACUUUCAUUUGGCCCAUUUUAUGCACAAUUUAGCUCAAAUAGAAUUGUCUUAUUUAUCAUAUCUUUUCUUACAAUCAAUGCCGGUACUUGGACUUUACGUAUUGCAUAUAAGUGCUACUAUAUGAUCGAUAAUUAUAGAUGGCCAAUGCUUUUCUUAUAA